CGGGCUGUCUUCAAAGUAACACGGAUUAGACACACGCCGUUUUCGUCGACGUAAUCAUGCCUGCGUGCGACCUGUGAUAGUGAAAGACUGAUAUUGUGAUCCUUUGGGACUAUUUCUUGUGCACGAUCUAGAUCGGUGCUCGGAGCUGACACUUGUUGCGCCGUCUUUUCAGCUUCGCGUCAAUGGCUGUUUCAACAUUAAACAUGACGCCCUACUUCACAGGAUAUUCUUUUCAAGGUCAGGGUCGUAUGAACCAGCUGGGCGGAGUUUUCAUCAACGGCCGUCCGCUGCCGAACCAUAUUCGCUUGAAGAUAGUGGAAAUGGCGGCGGCGGGGGUGAGGCCGUGCGUCAUAUCGCGACAACUGCGCGUCUCUCAUGGAUGCGUCUCCAAGAUCCUGAAUAGAUAUCAGGAAACUGGCUCCAUCCGCCCCGGUGUGAUCGGAGGAUCUAAACCGCGAGUUGCCACGCCUGAGGUUGAAAACAGGAUAGAAGAGCUCAAGAGACAAAACCCAGGUAUAUUUUCCUGGGAAAUUAGAGAUAAACUAAUAAAGGAAGGCAUCUGUGAUAAAAAUACCGCCCCGUCGGUCAGUUCCAUUUCGAGACUUAUAAGAGGAGGCAAAAGAGAUGAAUCAGACCCUCGAAGAAAUCAUAGCAUUGACGGUAUUCUAGGUCCCUCAUCUUGUGAAGACUCAGAUACGGAAUCGGAGCCGGGCAUCACGCUCAAACGGAAGCAAAGAAGAUCGAGGACCACAUUCUCCGGGGACCAGCUUGAAGCCUUGGAGCGUGCCUUCACCAGGACCCAGUAUCCAGAUGUUUAUACCAGAGAAGAAUUGGCUCAGAAGACUAAGCUUACCGAAGCUCGGGUUCAGGUUUGGUUCUCGAACAGAAGAGCUCGUCUUCGCAAGCAACUCAACUCCCAGCAGCUGAGUGCAUUCAAUACGAUGUCUUUGCAAUCAGCAUUUCCCUCCGUCCAUCAACAAUACGAGCCUCCAUCUACUUUCAAUCCGCAGUGCACGUCUUGGCAGCAAUCUUAUUCCUCUGCGUUGGGUUCUAGUUCUGUUCUAAAUUCAGCAUUAGCUCCUUCACUACAUCAAUCAUCGCUAACUCCGUCCGUCUGUCAAUCAGCAUUAGCAGCUUCGUCUCUCCACCCGCCCACAUCUGCAUCCUUCUCUUCUGGGAAUCUAACACCUCUUUCACAUUCAUCUGAACUCCCCACUCCGUUACAACCAGCUUCGGAUACCACUCCACCCAGUACGAGCCCAAUCACCAGUAGCCCGUCGAAUCAGAGCAGUGGAAUUACUUAUCAGCACGCAUACGCAAACCCCAGUGAAACCGUGUCCCAUCCUUACGGCUACGGAGAUUAUUCGAAACAAGAACACGCCAUGUCGGCCCAUAACCAUUGGACCUCGAGACAGCUCAGCGGUCAUCCUCAAAAUAAGCUGCCUGAUGUUGGUGCCUGGCCGGAAAAUUAUAGUUCUUUCUUCGGCACCAACGCAUCACACUACGCGACUCAUGCGCAUUCUCCUACUGAAGCGAAGUCAGGUUAUCCUUAUUUAGGACAACUUGGAGGCAUGGACAUGGGAAGAGUACAUUAA